AUGCGCUAUGCAUUCCUACUCUUCGAUAAUCUCAACCGGGCGCAAUGGCCACAGAAGAUAUCCGAAUCGCGAGGCGUUUAUGAUGCCCUGAAGGCUCAUUUUCUGAAGUAUAUUGAAAACCCAGAUGACUUGGAGUCAACAGUUGAUCCCCUAGCAGAUGAUGAAGAGUCUCCCUGGCAAGCGCUUCGACGCGACGAACAGAUGAGAGUGGAGAUAUUGCAGGAUGUCGAUAGAUGUUUGCAGGAGAACUUCUUCUUCCGGGAGCCUGCAACGAAAGCGAAAAUGGUCGAUAUUCUCUUUAUUUAUUCGAAGCUGAAUCCAGAUCUUGGCUAUCGCCAAGGCAUGCAUGAGUUAUUGGCUCCCAUCUUAUGGGUAGUCGAUAGAGACGCAAUUGACACGAGAUCGCCUGAAGGGCUGAAUUCAACGGAAGAGGAUGAUACAGUGUUCCUACAGCUUCUGGACGCGAAUUAUGUGGAACAUGACUCGUUUACAUUGUUCUGUUCAGUUAUGCAGAAUACUCGAUCUUAUUAUGAACAUACCAGACAACGGUCCGCCAGUGGGCAGGUUGAUGUUGUCCCAAUUGUUAACCAAUGUCACCACAUCCAUAAUGAUCUUCUGACGACUACCGAUCUGGAGUUGGCGGAUCAUUUAGAAGUACUGGAGGUCUUGCCGCAAAUUUUCCUCACCGCUGACUCCUCGAGCGCUUUGGCCCUGCUGCUUCGCUACCCUUCGCCUCGUCCUUAUCACGCGCAAAGUUUUGUGCUCGAUGGGAUAUACUUGGAACAGAAUCCCACACCUGAAAGAGGAGCUUUUAUUAUUUCCAAAUAUUCAGGAAAGCCUCCUGACUUUUCCAAGCGACUCAGCCUGUCGCAUUCGAGACCCUUUUCAGGUCUGAGGUCUCCUUUGAGCGGCGAUCUAUGGGACACGAGUGAAGCUAGUCCCCCGUCUAGAUCACCAGCAAGAAAUAGCCCAAAGGGUUUGGAAGCACUAUUCCAAGAUGUUUCGGAAGGGUUUCAACGACGUACAGAGGCAUGGGGCGUAGCCAAGGCAGUUCGAGGAGCAGUGAGUGAAGCCAAAAGAAAUAUGCAGACGAUCCAGUCGGAGCAUUAUUCCCGCACGAGACACGAUGAUACUGCUCCCAUCCGUACGCCUGUUGCCUCGCGUACACAAGACGCUGACGCUGUGAUCCAUUUGAAGACUAAAAUCGAUGCUUUGGAAGCACGGAAUCAAAUGCUCGCAAAGACACUAAGCCAGGCCUUGAAUGACAUACGAUCGCGCAUGAUGAAAGCCGAAGGUCUUGAUACGGCCACCACAGAUACUUUGAAACAAGCCCUCACCAAGGUUCAAUCUGUCCAGACCUGUCUUGAGAACUCUUCGACGCCUGUAAGCUCUGCAAUUCGGACCCCAAAUCCAGCUGGAGAUAUAGAUUCAGAAAAUCUUCCUGGUGGACAUCGACCUGGAGAUAAUAUAGAGGAUCGUGGAAGGAACAGACACGAGAGCUUUCCUAUGGCCACAGAGCCACUCGCCAAAGCAAUCAAAUUGCCUACUGGGAAGGAAUCGAAGAACCGGAGCCCAUCUCAGAUUUCCUCGUCAAUGCCAUUGCGAUCCCAACACAUCUCCAGCUUUGUGAGUCCGGCCUCCGUGCCGCCCGAACAGACUCGGCACGGCGAGAGAAGCAACCAGAAUGUACUCUUCGGUAGCGGAGAUGAUAGUCAGAGAAGAAGCGAUAGCGACCUCAAUGGAUUGGCCUUGAGGAGUCUCCGGGGUGCGAAGAACAAUGGAUAG